GCGCCGCUCUGCUCACCGCCGGAGCGGGAGGCGGGAACAGGGCCCGGCGGCGGGGCCUAGCGCGCGUCCUCCCUCCUGAGGCGAGCCGGCCUGCCGCAGGGCCCGGCCGCGGCCUGCCGCCCAGGCCAGGCGGCAGGCAGGGAGGGGAGGUGCUGCUGGCGUGAGGGCGGAGCGAGGCGGGGGCGGCGAGCUACCGGCGGCAAGGCGAGGCGUGCCGCGGCCGGAGGAGGCGCGCAGGGAGCCGGCUGGCUCCCCCACUGCAGCCCGGAGAGGGACGCCGGCUCACCCGGGCUCCUGCAUAAAAAAUGGCAUUUCAGAAGGCUGUGAAAGGAACUGCUCUCAUUGGAGGAGGUGCCAUAGCAACAGUUUUUGGCCUCUCUCAAUUUUCUCAGUAUAGAAACAAACACGGUACCUUCGUGAAUGUUCAGGCUGCAGAAGCUGUGCCUGUUCCAAUGAAGAGUCAUCUCCCCACAAGAGAGCAACAAAUUUUGACACUGCAGACCACAAGUGAAUUUGAUGUCCUUGUUAUAGGUGGAGGAGCAACAGGAUGUGGCUGUGCUUUAGAUGCAGUCACUAGAGGACUAAAAACAGCCCUUCUAGAAAGAGAUGAUUUCUCAUCAGGGACCAGCAGCAGGAGUACUAAAUUGAUCCAUGGUGGAGUGAGAUAUCUUCAGAAGGCCAUCAUGAAGUUGGAUUUCGAGCAGUACAAGAUGGUGAAAGAAGCACUUGAGGAGCGUGCAAAUCUGCUUGAAAUAGCUCCUCACCUAUCAGCUCCUUUGCCAAUAAUGCUACCUGUUUACAAAUGGUGGCAGUUGCCAUACUACUGGUUUGGAAUAAAAUUAUAUGACCUUGUAGCAGGAAGUCAGUGUCUGAAAAGUAGUUAUGUCCUUAGCAAGUCAAGAGCCUUGGAGCAUUUCCCAAUGCUACGCAAAGAUGAGCUUGUUGGAGCUAUUGUCUACUAUGAUGGACAGCACAACGAUGCGCGGAUGAACCUUGCCAUAGCCCUCACUGCUGCCAGGUAUGGUGCUGCCACCGCCAAUUACACUGAAGUGCUGCGCUUGCUCAAGAUGACAGACCCGGCCAGCGGGAAGGAGCGUGUGUGUGGUGUGCGCUGCAGGGACGUCCUAACAGGGCAGGAAUUUGAUGUCAAAGCCAAAUGUGUUAUCAAUGCUACGGGACCUUUCACGGACUCUGUGCGCAAAAUGGAUGAUCAGGAAGUACCAAACAUCUGUCAGCCAAGUGCAGGCGUGCAUAUUGUGAUGCCUGGUUAUUACAGCCCUGAUCAUAUGGGUCUGCUUGACCCAGCCACCAGCGAUGGCAGAGUGAUUUUCUUCCUGCCGUGGGAGAAGAUGACUAUUGCAGGGACCACGGACAGCCCGACCGAUGUCACUUCCCAUCCAAUACCAACAGAGGAAGAUAUAAACUUCAUUUUGAAUGAAGUGCGCAACUACCUUAGCGCUGAUGUUGAAGUGAGAAGAGGAGACGUGCUGGCAGCCUGGAGUGGCAUUCGUCCUCUGGUCACAGACCCCAACUCCAAAGACACACAGUCAAUAUGCCGGAAUCAUGUCGUUGCCAUUAGCAAUAGUGGCCUUGUCACGAUAGCAGGUGGGAAGUGGACAACCUACCGUGCCAUGGCGAAGGACACCAUUGAUGCAGCUAUUGAGGCGCACAAUUUGAAAGCAGGUUCCAGUAAAACUCUUGGACUGCAGCUGCAAGGGGCUGAGGACUGGAGUCCCACUCUCUACAUUAGAUUGGUCCAAGACUAUGGACUUGAAAGUGAGGUGGCUCAGCAUCUAGCUUCAACAUAUGGCGACAAGGCUUUUGAGGUGGCCAAAAUAGCCCAAGUUACAGGAAAGAGAUGGCCUAUUGUUGGAAAGCGUCUUGUAUCUGAAUUUCCUUAUAUUGAAGCUGAGGUUGUCUAUGGUGUCAAAGAGUAUGCUCGCACAGCAGUGGAUAUGAUUUCCCGACGUACUCGCUUGGCCUUUCUGAAUGUGCAGGCUGCAGAGGAAGCCCUGCCAAGAAUUGUAGAUAUAAUGGGGAAAGAACUUAACUGGAGUGAGCAGAAAAAAAAGGAGGAACUUGAAGCUGCUAAGAAAUUUCUCUAUUAUGAAAUGGGCUACAAAGUAAAAUCAGAUCAAUUAAGAGACAGCUCUGAAAUCAGUCUAGUGCCUUCAGAUAUUGAGAGGUACAAGAAGCGAUUCCGCAUGUUUGACAAGGACAAGAAAGGGUUUAUUACUAUAUUGGAUGUGCAGCGUGUCUUGGAGAGCAUCAGUGUGCAAAUUGCUGAAAAUACUCUUCAUGAUAUUCUAAAUGAAGUGGAUCUGAACAAAAAUGGACAGGUUGAGCUCAAUGAGUUUCUGCAGCUCAUGAGUGCUAUUCAGAAGGGCUAUGUGUCUGGAAGCCGGCUGGCUGUGCUCAUGAAGACUGCUGAGGAGAAUCUGCAUCGGCGUGUGGGGAUUCCAGUGGACCGGAGCGGUGGUGGACUGUGAGUUCAAACACAACGUCUGCGCACAGCCAUGGCUGAUGGAGAUGCGUCUCUGCUGAAAAACAUUCCAGUGCUUCUGAUUGGCCUUGCUUGUUCCAGAUGGCCGACAUCUGUCCAUGGGUGUAGCUCUUACAAAAAUACAUUGGUGCAUUUGUUUUCAUUAUUAAUGGUUUUCUGUGCAGCUCUUAAUACUCCAGUAUGUGGCCUUUUGGAUUGGGUAUUCUUUAGACACAGGGGUUCAUUAACAAGAGUUCAGGAAUACAGGUUAGAAAGAUUUGGGUGCACACGCAAGCACAUGUGCACAUACUGCCUCGUUCAUUAACUUCUGUAUCACCUUUACCUUCAAAGAAAACAAUGCUCAGAAAGUGCGUCCUGCCUUUAAAUGCAUUGCAUUGAGUUUUGUGAAUAUGCAUUUAGUGUUUAAAAGCUGUUGAUCUCUCCUCAACAAAAGUGAGACAGGGAAAGCUGGUGUUCUGGAUUGGAGAUAGUAUCACAGCAGGAUCAAGACUGGCACUUUCUGGGGCAGCAAUUGUGAAGAACUGUCAUGAGCCUUCCGUAGGUGGCUGGUUUUGCUCUUCCGAGUGCUCUGUUAUUUCAGUGGUACCAAUACUUGGCCAGACAAAAAUAUCGGCAGCAUGAAGCUGGAAAACUACAGGACAUAUUGAUUAAUCACCCAAGCUAAUAAUUUAUUUAAAAGCAAGGGGACAGCUUUCCUUUCUCCCAUAUUAAUAAAAAUAAGCUUCCUUUAAUAAAUAGUGUAGUCUAACAGGUGGUGGUUUAUGCUGUAAAGGGCUUCAUACUGUUUCCAGUUUUGGACAAACCCUGAUGAUCUGUAGAAUAUGGCAGUUUUAAUAGCAUAAUUAUCUUAAUUGUUCAUUUAAAAAUGCUCAAACACAGAGUGAAACAAUUAAAUUUGUUUUGCACUACACUAAAUUGUAUAUAAAAGUGAAAGGGCUAUUUUUCAGCAGAUAAAUGUGGGGGGGGAGGGGGGAAUAGGAUCACUCGAGCUGUUUUCAACCAUGUUGUGUCUGUCUGUUUGCCUUUCCGUUGUUGGAUCGACUAGGGUCAAGAUCAGGUGGAAGACUCCUGCCUAAUGUAGAACAAGGAAGGGAAAAACACAAGAAUGGUUUAUUGAUGAAUUUGUCAUUCUGUUAUAUUCUUUAAGUAUAAGUACCAAUUUACAACUUAAAUCAAAGCUGCAGUUCCAAGGUGUUAGAAUCUCUACUUGUGUAGAAUCUAAUCUAUUUUAACCAAUGUCACCACUUUCACUAAUGGAAAAUAUCAGUACAGGACUGAACAACAAGGAUUGAUUUGAUAUUUUAAAAGGGAAGAUGAUUACAUACACAAAAUAGAGAUGGUGAGGAGUGUUCGUAUGGAGCAUAGUAAGUACAGAGGUUAUGUUUGGCUGGAGAGGAAGAGUCCUUUAAAAAACAUAAAAAUUCAGGUGCUUAAAAAUGAUAGAUAAAAAACAAAACAAAACAAAAAACACCAACCAAAAAAGAAGGGCAAGCCUCAUUUAAAAUUCAGUAAAUGGUUAUAUUUCUAUCAGCCCAGUUUGUAAAAUCUGGAGUGAAGGAGACAGUUUUGGGGAAAAUGCCUUUCAGAUGGUUUUUGCAUGUUAGAUUUUUCGUUGACCCUGCCUUUUACCAAAACGAUGGUGUUAUUCAGGGUUGUGGCUUUUUUGCUUGGAGUCCUGUGCUGGGUGGGUCCGAUGCACCCACCCUGCAUCGUCUGGGUGACUGAGGAUUUAGCAUGUUUGGCAAUGGAAGAAUUAUUAUUAUGGAAGAAACAAAGGGUUUUGUUUCUGCGGUCCUGCAAACUUUUCUUUUUGAAAUAUGUUCCAGUAUCUUCAGGUAAAGUAUGUAAUGUUGGGCACAGCUUCAUAUCUCCAAACCCCUCUUCAGAUAAAAACACAAUAACAAAUUUUGCAUACACUGUAGAACUGGGGGGAAUGAAUGUAGGAUACACGGGUUGUUUGGGUUCAGUGAGCAAGGUCAGGAGGGAGGGGGCUUAGGAUUCUACUACUAACAAUAAGUAGAGAAAAAAAAAAAGGGAAGAAAAUAAAAGUAAUGAGACCUUUUCCAGGCCACAUAGAGAAAAAUAUUUACAAUAUUUACAAAGAAAAAUUCUCCUUUCUAAAUGGCACUGUUAAGAAUUAAUAAUAAAAGUUUACCUGAGAAGCCAAGGCUUUCUGCUUUGCACCCAAAGUAUACUCUUUGUUCUCUCGUUUUAGUAAUGCUGCAUACAGGAUGGGACCACGGGAUUUUCCUGGCUCAAUGUGUCCUCCGAUAGGAAUUUGCUUUGCAUCUUAGGCACUUUACUGUCAUGCUUCUCUGCUCUUUGUAUGCCAUAGCAAGAUCUUGUAUGACCACCCUGUGUAACAAGAUUGCAUGUGUGACCUAAAACAGCUAAAUCUAUACUUGGAAAAAUCUAGAAGUAUUUAUCACCCCACAUCUGUUUUCAGGAAUGUUGGCUUUGGUUUGUUUGGUUUAUUUUCUUUUCAUGUGAAUGUACUGUAGAAAGAGUUGUACAGAGUCAUUGUCUUGCAUGGUUAUGGUCCUAGGUGGAUAGCCAUUAAUGUGUUUUGGGUUUUUUGGGGGGGUUGGUGUUUUGGUUUGAUUUGGGUGUUUUUGUUUUUGGUUUGGGUGUUUUUGGUUUUUUGUGUUUGGGGUUUUUUUAAUGGGUUGUUGGUUUUUUUUUUUUGGUCUUUGAGGUGGGAGUUUGGUUUCUGGAUGUGGGAAUAUUUUUGAUUUUAAAUAAACUGCACGCCUGGAGGGGAGGGGAUGCAUGUACAUGCAGUGUGUUUAUAUAUGUGUGUAUAAACACGUGUGUACGUAUGUGCACACAUGUAUACGCAUUGCCUGUUUUACACUUGGCACUUAGGUAUUUUGUUAGGUUACUGUUCUAGACUGAACUGUUAAAUACUGUGUUUGAGGCUGGGUAGUCAUUUUUAUAACUGUCUUGGUGUUUUACUGCCAUUAUUUAUUACUUUUGAUAUACAGAAUGAGCCGCAUGCAUUUAUAGAGCAAUAAGAGGAUGUAUUUAAUGUGCCUUGUUUUUAACUGAGUAAGAAAGAACUGAAAGCAUGAAUCAAUAAAACUGAUUAAAAAUGGUC